AUGGUCAGCAGCAAGGCAAAUGUGUUCCGCAUAAUCUCGUUCACACUUGCUGGCGGAGACGUCUUGCAGACGAUACCACCCACGUAUCAGCUCUACAAGAGACAAUGGAAGAAUCGCACAUUGAGCCCAGUCUGCUUCUUCUACGCUGCUGCCCGAUACCUUACUAUUAUUUCACUCGUUUCCAAUGCCUAUGGUUUCUAUGGGACGCACUACACGCUCGAGACUUGCAAGCCUUGGUAUAUGCUGCCCAACGUUACAGCGAUGUUGGCUGGCAUGGCUGUCCAGGUCCUUCUCUAUAUCAGGACAUAUGCUAUAUCUGGUCGCUCGCCAUGGGUCAAAUGGGGACUCGGUGCAUUCCUCCUCCUCGGUUUCCCCGUCCAGGUGUUUGGAAUUGUCUUCCGUCGCGAGGCCAGAGUCAAGGGUGGCGAUUGUAAAGGCGUGGUUCUACGUAAAGGAGACCCAGACUGGAACAUUGUUUAUUAUUCCGCUCAUAUGGCCUACGAUUUCGUCGUCUGCGCCGUCGCCACAUUCUUUAUUGUUUAUACUUCGCGGCUGCACGGCAUGUUCCUGAUGUCCAAGUUCAUCCGCAAAGUCUUGAGAAACGGCCUGCUGUAUGCAGUCGUUGUCUUCAUCGCGAAUCUUUGGGUUGUCUUGGAGUUCGUCAAAGUACUCGACACUGGUGUUGGUGCAACAUUGCCACUUGCUGUGGUCUUGAUCGCGGCGCAACACCUGAUUCUUUCGACUCAACGCCUCAGCGACGACCAGCCAUCGACAACUGACGAGCACGGGCAUUCACACCCGAGUAGUGGGCCCCGUAGUCGGGGCGGGGCACCUGGGGGUGGCUACGGCUAUCCCCGAUCGCCCCGCGCCUACACAAAUAGCUCGACGGUGGUAUCGCGCAGCGACAGCGGCCGGAACACUGCACGACAAGACGUCGAAAUGCAGCCCGGCGUUUUUGUCUUCACAGAAACGUACGACACAAAAGACCCCGUCGACUCCCCGGGACAAACAACAUAUACGAGGGACAACAAAGUAAAUUUCGGAAUCGGUGUUUAG